CCCUCCAUUCUGGUGACCAGCCUAUAUGUGAAAGGGACAAUACCUCAGUGGUUCAGACCCAUACUGAUCAGCUAGAAUAUUCCACGAAGUGUUUUCUAAAUAGGAAUGAGCAAAGGUUCGACCCAUGUCUGAGCAAAGUAAAGAGGGGAUCACGAUGAACAGAUAAAACAAAUUCUGGAGGGCAAAAUAUAACAGAAAAUUACCACAGAAUUCAUGUUCUCAGCAUUUUCAAAAAUGGUUUAUAAAAUGAGAAUAAACAUGUAACCAGGGAGAACAAAUAGAGGAUCUGAGAAAGCCUUUGGACACGAGAAAUUUUGCCAAAAAAUUAAAAACUCAGAAAAAAAGAACAAACAAUUAAGUAUCACUGUGGAGGAAGGCAGCAGGAGUACCACUUCCGGCCCAACCAACCGUUGGCUAUUGACAUUCUCCCCUACCCGCCUACCCCCGCCCCGCGCCAGAUCUCGCCCUCCCCGUACAACCCCCUCAGACCACUUCCGGUCCCCUCGCCAACAGCCAACGGACGCCCAACUCUUGGUCUGAAACUCAGCCUCUGCCAGCUGCCUGAUCGCCCACAAUGGGAUUUCCCAGAGGACCACGGCACCACAAACGCUGCCGCUGUCCACUUCGGGAACCACGCAUCGGCUCUAGCUUAGCCAUCGUGUUCACCCCGCCCCCGCCACCUCCGCUACCGCCGCCCUCACAAGUGCGCCAGAACUACCACCCUGAAUGCGAGGCCGCUGUCAACUACCACAUCCACCUGCUGCUCUACGCCUCCUACGUGGCCCAGUCCUUGGCUUUCUACUUCGACCACGACGACGUGGCGCUGAAGGGCUUCGCCCGCUACUUCCUGAAGCGCGCCCUGAUCGAGAGGGAUCAAGCUGAGAAAAUGGUGAGGAUGCAGAACCAGCGGGGAGGCCGCAUGGUCUUUCGCGACAUCCAUAAGCCUCAACACGACAGCUGGGAGGGCGGCCUCCAGGCCAUGGAGAAUGCCUUAUACCUGGCCAAGAGGAUCAACCAGAGCCUCCUGGAGCUGCACCAGCUGGCCGCUUUGAAGGGCGAUGCCAACCUCUGCUACUUCUUGAAGAUCAACUACCUGGACCAGCAAGUCCAAGUGAUUGAGGAGCUGGCGUGCCACCUGACCAACCUGCGCAGCUUGGGGGCCCCAGACGUCAACAUGGCGGAGUACCUCUUCGACAAGCUCACCCUGGGCCAGGGCCACAAGGAGAACUGAGCAGACUGUCCCCACUGCCACGGGGUGACGCCCCCAGGACUGAUAGGUCCUUUGUGCCUUUUGCACAUUUACUUCCGUUCCUUCAUUCAGUUUAAGCAUU